AUGGGAAUUGUCACUACUGAACGCGAGCAAGUUUGUGCUGUGGCUCCUGCAACACUAUUCAAAGCCAUGGCCUUUGAUUUUAGCAAUGUUUUUCCAAAAGCUGUACCCAACUUUGUUAAAGUGUUGAAAUCAUUGGAGACGGAGGGCCUGGAUCCAUCAAGAACAUCAUUCUUGGUCAUGGUAGAUGUGGUGGAGGAAGAAAACUACGUGUACCACUACACAGUAGAUGAAGGUAGUGUAUUACCGGAGACACUGGAGAAGGUGUGCUAUGAGUAUAAAUUGGUGGCAAGCCCUGGGGGAGGAUGCAUCAUCAAGUGCACAAUCAAAUACUACACCAAAGACGACGCACAACUCAAAGAUAUGAGUUUUUGA